AUGGCAGCUCCAAUCACUCUUGUUGUCCAGCCUCGGGGCAAGCCCAUUCGCAAGCUCCCCUCAGAGAUCAAUGUCACACCCACCACAUCUGGUGAAGAGUUGUACAACGCCAUUGCUGAAGCCUCGGGUGCUUCGGUGCACCGAUUGCGCAUCACCAAGGGCAGUGACCGAUCUGUAGUUCCUAAUGCCAAGGGAACCACCAUUGGGGACACUGGACUCAAGCAGUCGAGUGUGAUCCAUGUCAAAGAUCUCGGUCCCCAGAUCGCAUGGCGCACCGUCUUCAUUAUCGAAUACCUUGGCCCCCUCCUGAUUCCAGCUCUCUUCCUCUUCCCCCUCCGUGACCUCGUGUACUUCAACUUUGAAAAGCCUCUCCCUGAGCCAUCCAACGUGCAGCUCCUCGUCUGCCUCCUCUUGUCCCUGCACUUCCUCAAGCGCGAGUAUGAGACCCUCUUCGUGCACCGAUUCAGCAAUGCCACCAUGCCCGCUCGCAACAUCUUUAAGAACAGCGCCCACUACUGGGCUCUCGCCGGUUUCAACAUCGCCUACUGGGUCUUCCGCCCCGAUGCGGCGGCUGCCGCCGAGGACCAUAGCUCCCUGCUCGUCUGGAUCGGUACUUCCCUCUUUGUCUUCAGUGAGAUUGCCAACUUCAACGCACACUUGAUCCUGCGCGACCUCCGCCGCCCAGGAACUACCGAGCGGGGUAUUCCGUCCGGCUUCGGCUUCAACUGGGUGACCUGCCCCAACUACAUGUUUGAGAUCCUGGCCUGGAUCGGUAUCUUCUUAGUAAGCCAGCUGAGCUGGAGUGUCCUGAUUUUCACCCUGGUCGGCGGAAUUCAGAUGUGGAGCUGGGCAUGGAAGAAGGAGAUUCGCUACCGCAAGGACUUUGGUGACAAGUACAAGAAGAAGCGCUCCGUGCUCAUGGCAGGUCUGUUCUAA